AUGUCUGUAUACAGCACCUUUUUCCGACAUGAUAACGAAGAGGACAGCUUACAAUCAAUCAUCGCAGUGAUACUGGAUACGCUGAAAAAACGCUCAACAGAGUCAUCAGAAGCAAGCAUGUCAGAAUCCACGAAGCCCUGGGCUCUUGUCAUUACAAAGGAUGUCGAGUCUAUCAAUAGCGCAUUAGCCAAGCGAUUUUACCAAAAGCCGGAUGACCGGAUGUGGUUUGAUUCGAUUCAAAUAUGCCGUAUCGAUGCUGCGAAUCAAUUAAAGACCAAACUAUGUUCGCUACAUGUGUCUGUACAAGAACAAAAAAACGACAUUUUAGACAUCAUUGAAUACGAGAAACAAGGCCAAUCCCCAAGCAUGGUUGUAGUUAUCGAUGUGAUUGAGUAUCUGGCUCAUGAUCCAUCACUGAAUGAAAUGCAGUACUUGACCAUUAGUUUCAAUGAAUUAAGCAAUCUGCUGGCUUGUCUCUUGGAAUCUAGCAUCUACCUGAGUACAAGGAAUGUUGGAGUCAAUAUGAAUCAUUUUGUCGAAUUGCUCUUGACUGACUCUCUGCCCUCCAAUGUCAAUGAUGUGAUGAACGAAUUUCAGCGAUCCUACACUGCCAAACUAUACCAAAUACUGCACUAUUAUUUAGACCAUGUCUACCACACACCCAACACCAUAUAA